AUGUCUACCCACUUUGAUCCUGAUGGACCUGUUGGUCUCGAGUUGAAGAAGAACUUGACUUAUGAAUUGAAGAACAAAUUUGCCAUUGGUGAUGAUGCAGCAGAUAUCGCCGAAUAUAUCGUGGUUUUGAUAGUGGCGAACAAAAGUCCAGCCGAAAUCAUCAAUGAAGUCAAGGAUAUAUCGGAAAUGGUUUUGGACGAGUCUUUUAUUCAGUCGAUCUACCAAGAGAUCAUACGGUUGAACAACUUGGCUAAUGGUAGCCAAGUUCAACAGCAACAGGAACGGCAGUCACAACCUCAGCAACCUCAGCAACAACAACAACAACAACAACCUCAACAACAACAUCAUCAUCAUCAUCAACAUCAACAACAUCAACAUCAACCUCAACCUCAACAGCAGGUUCAGCAACAACAAGUACAACAACAACAAGUACAACAACAGGUUUCGCCACCGGAUCAACAACAACAGACCCAACAACAAGUCCAAAUACAACCGGUGCAUUCCCAUCCUCAUGUCCAAGUUCAGGCUCCUGGUGAAUCUCAAGGCCAUAACCCCCUGUUGAUGGAUGAAGACUCUAAUUCUCACAUGAUGCCUGUUUUACCCAGUGGCCCUAAACGUUACGCAACUAGAGGUGGCCAUGGACCAGGAAUGAGAGGUACCAGUACUCGUGGUGGUAUCAAUAAGUUCGGUAAGAACCAACAAACCAACCCUAAGAUGAAAUCAUUCGCAUUGAAGAACCCCGCUAACCUUGAGAAGGCUUUGAAUAUGCCAGGAAAUCAAACUCAAGUUAAGAAGUUUACACCUAAACCAAAUUUGGGUAGAUGUAAAAAUUUCCCUGGUUGUAAGAAUAGAGAUUGUCAAUUUUCACAUCCUACAAAGCAAUGUUUUGCCUGGCCCAAUUGUCCAAAUCCUCCAGGAACUUGUAACUAUUUACAUCCUGAUCAAGAUCAAGAAUUGAUGGAAAAGUUGAAGGAAUCAAAAGCUCAACAUGAAAUAAACAAGUUAGCAGCCUUAAACCCUGUUACAUUGUGUAAGUUUGGAGUUAUUUGUUCCAAGGAACUUUGUCCAUUUGGUCAUCCAACACCUGCCAACAAAGAUGCCAAAGUUUUCAAACCUGCUUGGUGUCAAGCUGGUAAAGGAUGUAGUGAUCCUUCGUGUGAAUUAGCACAUCCUUCACCAAAUUAUCAACAAGAACCGAAGAUUAUUCUUCCGUCAUUUUCCAACGGUAAUGCUGCUGGGGGUCCUCCCAAUGUUCAAAAGGUCUUGGAACAAUGUAAAUAUGGUCCAAACUGUACCAACCACAAAUGCCCCAGAAGACAUGCAACCACAGUCACUCCAUGUCGUGAAGGUAUUAACUGUGUCCGUAUGAACUGUUAUUUCUCACAUCCUAUUGAUGAAGAUUGUCGAUUUGGCAUGCAAUGUCUGAACAAAAACUGUAUGUUCAGACAUCCGGAAGGUAGAGUCAUUCAACCAAAUAGUUGGUCGAGAGACUCUGGUAGUUCCACUGAUUCAAGGCCUUUUGCAGUUCCUGACGAUCAGAUUAUGGGACAAGUUCAGCAGUAA